AUGGCCUCAGAUCAACCAAUCUCCACAGUUUAUGUACACAACCUCGAAGAAAGAGUCAAGAUUCAACCCUUAACAGAAUCUUUGAAGACCAUCUUUUCCGAGUUUGGCGAUAUUGUCGAUAUUGUGGCGAAAAAAAACCUCAAAGCCAAGGGGCAAGCGUUCAUAGUAUUUAGCGAUCCCGACAGUGCAAGAGAUGCAAUCGAAGAACUACAAGGAUUUCAGCUUUUCGACAAGCCAAUGAAACUAUCCCUUGCCAAAACACGAAGUGACAAAUCGAUAGAGAUGAACUGUUCAUUGGAUGAGUUCGAAGCCCACAAGAGAAAUCGCUUAUCAGAAAAAGAAAAACGUUUGGCCCUAGAGGCAGCCGAUAGUGAACGACAACCUAAAAGAGGUGCUGGUUCUACCGCAGACAGCAGGCCGAGCAAGCUCUCCAGGCCAUCAGGACUGAAGUCGACAGGACCCGCAACUUCCCAGGUAAUACCGGAUGAAUACUUACCACCUAACAAAAUCCUAUUCUUGCAAAAUAUUCCAGAGGAAUAUGAUGUCGACGCGCUAGGCGCGAUAUUUGGCAGGUUCGAGGGAUUUCGUGAAAUUAGACUCGUUCCUGGGCGUCGUGGUAUCGCUUUUGUGGAAUACGAGGCUGAGCAAGGCGCAAUUGAUGCAAAGGAGAACACAUCUGGAAUGAAGCUAGGAGAUACUGCGAUCAAAGUCACUUAUCAAAGACAGUAA